AGUGCAAACUCCGCUUCUCUCGGAGCAUCUUCGAGAGGCGGAUCGGCUGACAGUGCUUAAGAGGCAGUUUUUCAUCAUGAUUGUACAGAUAGUUGUAGUUGUACCACGAGGACGGGAAGAGAAUACUUACUAGUAUCUACCGUCCGAAUGACAACGAGAAUCUUCAAUUGGUCAAUUUCGCAGCUAUGUAUUUCUAGCCUUCGCUUUCCUCGAGCAAGACGGAGUAAUCCCAACGGGAACGGUUAGGUGAAUCACCUACAAUUUCCGAAACAGAUAGGUACUCGUCUAGAUAAAUAGCCACCAGGCCAUUUCCAGGAUGAAUUGGGAUACAACUCUUGCAAGGAUAGUUUCACUCCCCGUCUAAAUUGGUCAGAAAACUAGACCUCCAACCCCUCCAGGAAGUAGUGCAGUUCGCGUCAUCGAAGUUAACAACAUGCAUGCUGAAGACCAAUCUAUGGCUUCUCUAGCUUCCGCUCCGCACUCCUCGUCUUCGAAACAUCUGAUGCCGCCAACAACCGGAAUGGAAGUGACGCAAUCACAGGUAUGCAACAUAAGCGCCAAUGAAUAACAAGAUAUUAUCGAAGAUGUACUGGUCGUUGUUCCUCCUGCUCUUCGUCCCUCAAACACUUUAUUUGAACAUAGGAUGAUCAUCUAAACAUCGACGUACCCUAGUAUGAUCAUCUAUAUUUUUCUUUCAUUGAUCAUAGUCCGCUUCUAACAACCGGAACGUCGAAGUCACCAAGUAAGAAGAGCAAGGCCGUUUUUCAAGAGUUUCAUGAAGAAGCAGCGCUGAGUCGCCGAAAGAGUAGUGUUGAAGGCGGCUUUGGAUUCGCGUCCAAACGACGGCAAUCGAUCGAUCUGAAGCUUGUGGAAGGUACUAUUUUAGAAUUUCGCUAUGCCUAUGAAGGACUCUUUCUGUGGGCGAUGAAUGACUUAGAUGAAUCACUUAGACCUCGCACUUGGUACUUAGCAGCUUUACUUUGAAAUAACAGCACGUACAAGUCAUUGAUGCGACCGCUUGAUGUAUCUUCAAGCAGUCCUGUCGGCAUUGUUCAGUAUUGCUAGCAGUAUUUUUGUUGUUUCCUCGCCUUUCUAAAUAAAUUGAACUACGUCCAUAACAUGACUAAGGCUAAGCAUACAGUAAGAAAUCAAAAUCCUCGGCCUCCUCAGAUGCCAUCCCCUUGCCGAUCCUGAAACGGCGAAACUCGAUUGAGCAGGUGAUGGAAGAAAUGGACGCAAAAGAACGACAGCGCGAUGAGGAAUUGCAAGUAAAAGCAGCUUCUCGUAGGAAAUCCCUCGCUGCAGCACAAGACGCGUCCCCGAAUGCUCAAGGCGUUCACAAUACUUUACAGUCUCUGAUCGGCCAGUUGCAAAAGUCAAAAAACACUGUCAACGCAGCAUACAUGGGACUACCCGUGUAGAAGCAGGUGCAAAAGCCACCUGGAGUUGCGUCGACGAAGUGUUGUGCUUGUAGCGUACAAUACUACAGAUGAACAACCAGAAGCGGGGACUCUACCUUCAUUUAAGUGCCAAUUGAUUACAUAGGUGCUCGACAGUCUCCUCGAUUCUUGAAGAAGUUGGUAUUCUACAUGUACAUGAUAUCCGAAAAAAGUAAAUCUAAUAAAUGAUCGCUUUAAGAAAAAAUACCAUCGCAGAUCGGAUCGACCAAAACGUAAAUUGAAAUGUGGAUCUAUGUGUAGCUUGGAAAUGACAUUCUCUCCGACGAGGUCGUCCGCCUAUCCACCAGCUGCACCACGACGACAUAUCAUAAUUAUAAACGAUGAAUAAAGAUAUUUAAAACUACUUCUGCCUACUAGCUCUAGCUGUACCGUAAGUGGAAAAACGAAAGCUGCGGGAGAAACGAAUAGACUGUGUGGCCGAGGGCCUUUUCCGGAGGAUACCUGGUGAUGGUUCCUUUCGCUGUCAUGAAUUAUGCUGAAAUAGUAUGUAGAGCAACAUCGAAAUGCUUGUAGUGAGAUAUCUACGAAUGCAGACAACUGGUAGUACCAGUAGUAAAAAUCAUUGUCGUAAAAAAAUCGAUGUGACCAAGAAAAUCCUAAUCCAUUGAAUAAUGAAUUCCGGGGGUAGCGGUUAGUGCGGUUAAAGCAUAAAUGUGCCCAAGUACACGUAGAAGUUUCGGUGUAAAUCUUAGGCCUUAACAAGUCCUCUUAGGACAGUGUUUAUUGGAGUAGUUUAACUGAUCGAGAAAUUGGUGAGUCGAAUUAGAGUUGUCACAGUCACAUCACUCAAUGACGAACUACAUUGAUAUUGAAGAUAGUUAACGAAAACAAACUCCACAGCUUGAAUGCAUGUUCAUCCACUUAACAUUUUAUUUUUGCUUUUUUUAGUAAAAAAGCAAGGUAAACAAGGACCGACCAGCAAAGUCCCAUUUAUUAUCAGGUGUCUACUUUUUGUUUUAGUUGUAUUUAUAUUUCCUGAUCCUGGCUUCUAUGGCAUGAACAACAUACUGAGGAAUUUCUACCACAGGUUUGUUAGUCACGUCUCCUCAUCAUGUUGACAAAGAACAAGAAAGGUGCUACCGUGAAUCAGGUACAGGAGUAGAUUUCUUCAUACUACUUGUUCUAACUACUUCGGAAAUAUGUACUCAUAAACUUAAACAUGUAGUUGUAGUUCUUGAUGUGGUCAUCUUAUAUUUUUAUAAAAUAUUAUAAUCGAAUUUCUCCUGCUACAGCAUCGUUGUAUGGCUCGUCGUAACCACGACGCUUUGUGCAUAGUAGCAGGAGUCAGAUGUCGUGCUUUCGAAUAUUCUUGGCUGAGAAAGCAAGCAUUAUGAUUUGAGAUGAUUGUUUGUACGUAGGUGGUCUGGUUUGUGGUUUGUAGUCUCGGUGAGGCUACACAUAGUCGCCCGAGGAUACAGGUCAAACUGUGGACGGCGAAUCAACUCCUAUCGCCAGCCUAUCCUGGUCUGUUGAAAAAAAUGCUGAGAUAGCCAACAUAGUCUUUUUAUUUGCUUUUCUCUGGAUAAGAAUAUAAAGAACGAGGACGAAUCAGCAUACCGUUGGUCAUGGUUUUCAACAAUGAACUACUACAUCGUUCAGCAUGUCUAAAUGCAUCUUUGGCGGGGUUACUAUGUGGUUUUGUAUCAAUUUCCAAUAUUGCCAGCGACUUAGUGCGCAUAAAGCAAGAUCUUAUCACCACUAUCAUCCGAACAUCAAGAUGAUAUGGGCGAAGCCUGUGUGUUGUCGUACCAGUACGUGUCUAUAGACAAAGGCAAAAAUAAGGUAGAGGGGGCAGUGGCAUGCUAUCUGGCAUUAGCGGACUCUGAAACAGAACCUAAUUGAGUGGAUCAACGACUGAACUUGACGCAUAUUACGUAACAAGCAAGAGACUCAGCCUGCU